UACAUUUUCGCUAGAAAUACUGGAUAAAAUACGAUUAAUAGGAAAUUAUUUCUGCAUUGAAACAAUUAAAAUGAAAUACUAUUGCAAAUUCCGUGACCUGACAGAAAUAAUUUCCAAACUUAUAUUCCACUGAAAUGGACAUAAAUGGAAGAUACGUUCAAAAGAUUUAUUACUUUGAAAGAGAAAAAUGAACAUUAGUUCUUUUUCUGAAAAUUCUACAUCAAGACCAACAUCGUUCUUUAUCGAGGAUAUCUUGUUAAACAAACCAAAGACAAUGUGCCGUGCAGAAAUAAACCAUGGACUUUUCCGUCCCGGCAUACCAGAAUACGGAUUCCAGUGCAUUCCUGGAACACAUCUACUAUAUCCUCAUCAAGUUUUACAAGCACAGAACUUUCUACACAAGCAUUCAGACCACCCGUUCCUGAUACCAACGGCUGGAUUUCCUCUAAAUCCGUUAUUCCAACACGACAGUCCAGGAAAACAUUGUCGGCGAAGGAAAGCUCGGACAGUAUUUAGUGAUCAACAACUCAAUGGUCUUGAAAAGAGAUUUGAAACACAAAGAUAUCUUUCUACACCGGAGAGAGUAGAAUUGGCAGCACAACUUAGCUUAUCAGAAACACAGGUCAAGACAUGGUUCCAGAAUAGGAGAAUGAAACAUAAAAAGCUCCAGAAAAAGCCACUUGAUUCUUCGACUGAUACAAACACCCAAUCUGAUGAACAUUCUAGAGAUUGUGAUACUCCAGAAUCAAACCCAGAAGACAAUUAUUUCAAACAUCCCGCAAGUUUUCCGUUUAGUCAUUUUAAAUCUAGUGCUUCGACGAUAUCAGUGCCAAAUAACCAACACCAUGACGAAUCAGAACCGGAAGAGGAAAUAGAUGUCGUGGAAACGGAUCCCGAUGAAACAACAUGAACACAUGACCAUUGUAGUUUAUCUGUUGUAUAUGUCAGUCGUUAGAACGUCUAUAUCAGUGAUAUACGAAUGGACAUUGAUAGUGCUUCCAGUUCGAGAAAGGUACGUUCUGGAAAUUCCGAAUAUUGCAGUGCAAUUACAAAUUACAUAGAAGAAAUUCCGAAUCUUUAAGCAUGUGCAAAUAUUCCUUUGUGUACUUGUCGAAAUGUAACAAGAUUUUAGUUUUUUCUUUUAAAUUUAUAAUUUAUUGACAUGUGUUGUAAUCAGUUUGGUUACAAGUUUUUGUUAUCUUAUAUAUUAAAGAAAUAAAUUUGU